CUCUACUGACUGGGAGCGCUCUGCUGGAGUCAGCUGUGUCUAAGCCUCUGCUGAGGCCAUGACAGCUCGUGCCAGGCUCUGCUUCCUGUCUGCUGGCCUAGGAACCAUGACCCUGUUGGAGAUGUGGAAAGCGGAGCCUGGUGUUGGGGAGAGCCGAGCUUAGCGCUGUGAGAGCACUUUGGAGCAGGGCUGAACUCCGGGAAGAAGAUCUGGGGUCUGCUAAGUCCUCUAGGGUCCCCAUCCCCCAUGCAGCCACCUUGGGAGCAAAGAAAAGCAGGUGUCCAAGCUCAGUGUGGAACCUGCCUCCUGCUGCAGCCAAGGGUCUUGGUCUCCCCACCUGUGUCUCCCCGGCUCCGAGGACAUGGACAAGUGCUGCAAGCAUGCUCUGCUCCGCUGUGUGACCUGCCUGUUUGUCCUUGCACAGCUGCUUACCCUGGCGUCCACAGAGCAUUUCCGGGUGUUGGGUCCCUCAGACCCCAUCGUGGCUGCUCCAGGUGGGGAAGCCAUACUUCCCUGCUCCCUGUCUCCAGCCAUGAGUGUGGAGAAGAUGGAGCUCAGGUGGUUCCGCUCCAGAUUCUCAGAAGCAGUGUUUGUCUAUCGGGACCCACAAGAGCAGAAGCAAGAGCAGAUGGCUGGGUAUUCAGUACGCACCUUGCUGGUGAAAGACCAGUUCCACCAAGGCAAGGCUGCUGUGCGCAUCGGAAAUGUCCGGGUCUCAGACAGAGGGAUGUAUGUCUGCUUCUUCAGACAGGGUCUCUUCUAUGAAGAGGCCAUCUUGGAGCUGAAGGUGGCAGGGAUGGGCUCUGUCCCUGAAGUGCACAUCAAAGGUACAGAAGAUGGUGGUGUGUGUGUGGUGUGCAGUGCUUCAGGGUGGUACCCGAAGCCCCAGGUGCAGUGGAGAGACUCCAGUGGGGAGAAUCUCCCAGCAUCCUCUGAGACCCACACUGAAGAUGCUGCAGGUCUGUUCAGCAUGGAGAGCACAUUGGUGGUGAGAGACAGGUCCUUGGGGAGUGUGACCUGCUCCACCUUCAACCCCAUCCUGGGCCAGGAGAAGGCCAUGGCCCUGUUCAUCCCAGAGCCCUUCUUCCCUCAGGCUUCUCCCUGGAUGCCGGCUUUCGCUGUGAGCAUGACCACGAUGGGACUUCUAGUCCUAGGAUCUUGCUGUUUUCUCAUAUGGGAGCAGCGUGCAAGGCAACCGGUGCAUCAGGAACUGGAGAAUCUGCAGCGUGAGCAGGAGGAGUUGCAGAAGACAAAGGAGCAUGCACUGAAGGCAGCGUGCAGACUCCAGGAGGAGCUGGAUCAAAGGAAGGCAGCUUAUAUGGCUGCCUGGAGGAAGGCCCAGCUGUAUGCAGAUUGGCGCAGGGAGCACUUCCAGUCCUUGUCUGUCAUUCUGAAUCCAGACACUGCCCACCCCAUCCUCGCCAUCUCUCAGGACAGGAGGCGUGUGACCCGGACGGAUACCACUCUGUGCCUGGAUGACCUCUUCUGUGUGUUAGGCAUGGAAGGCAUCUCCUCCGGAAGACGCUACUGGGAGGUGGAGAUAAGGAAUGGAGACAGCAGCAAGUGGACUCUGGGGGUCUGCAGGGAAGAUGUGGAGAGAAAAGGCUUUUACUCAGAGUGUCCCCAAAAGGGGUUUUGGACUGUGGGGCGGUCUAGCAGUGGAUACUGGGCCUAUAUUGACAGUGGGAGGGCUUCAUUAUCCUUUAGGUAAGCUCCCCAGCGUGUGGGGGUGUUUGUGGACUACAGCGAAGGCGACAUUUCCUUCUAUAACAUGAGUGAGAUGUCCCACAUUUUCUCCUUCCGUGAAGCUUCCUUCGCUGGGACUCUUUUCCCAUACUUCAGGCUCAAGUCCGGAGAUGUUUCAAUGAUUCUCAGCUCCUUGGAGCAUGACUCUGAGGGGGAGGAAGGGGAGGAGAAGGAGGAGAGGGAGAGAAAGAAGAGGGAGAAGAAAGGGAAGAGGUUAUUUUUGCCUUCUUUGGAGGAGUCUGGGAAUCCUCCAGGGGAGGGGCUCACCCCAGGCUCUGGAGUUGUUGACUCUCCCCCAGGGGAGGAAUCCCCAUUCCUCCCUCAUCCUGGUGACGCUUUUCUCCCAUAGUGCAGUUCACUGCCUCUAAGUUGUCAGUGUGAGUCCUUGUGGGACUGUAGAAGCCACAGAAAAGCCCGCAGGCUGAGUCCUGGAAGGGCCUGGAGCCUUGACACUGCUCUCAGGUCUGACUCUGUGGCCGUGGGAACAGGGCAUCCAUGCCUUGUGUUCAGACACCAGGCGAUGAGCCCUGACCAUUGCUUCAGCUGGUUUGAAUUCUGGGUAGGCAUGCUCCUUUUGGUGUUAAAUGGCAUUUUCCUGGGUUUCAUACCUUUUGGUAGGAAACUGACCAAGGGCUGAAUGGACAUUGUUUUAAUUCAUUCAUCUGGCCAUGGGACUCUAGGGUCUUCUGUGCAUGUUGGCUCUUGUGACCAGUGUGCCGUGAAUCAGGGGGAGCUGACCUCUGACACAUGACUUCCUGUCCUCAGGAUUCGUUCCCAGUAGUGGGAUUUCUGGGUCAUUGAUAGUUACAUUUGGUGACCUUCUCUGUGGACAACAACCUGUGCAUCAGGUGUCCAUGGACCAGCCUCAUCCUAAGUCAGUCUGUUAAUAAAAUAAUUUAUUA